GCUGGACAAUGAGGGCAUAAUGGGUCGGAAGCAAGGCCUUAGCUACUCCAUUAACCAACCUGACCUCAUUGAGCACGUGAUCCAGCGCAACCCCCUCCAGCAACAGCCCAACAACCAGAUCGCCACCGACAACCAGGACAACCAAGAUGAAAGGGAGAGUGAUGACAAGUGCAUGCUAACACCUGAAGGAGGAGAGCCAGGUAUCGACUCUGGGAUCGUGACAGACGGAGGAUCGACGUCGUCCUCGAACUCCUCGCAUCAAGGGCAUCACUCACCCACUCACAUCCCCCACAUGACAGCAGGACAUACUCAGGACCUGUAUGCCCUCCCAGUGAAACGACCCUCAGCGCAGACAGGGUCCCAGCACUCGACUCCGACGCACCAGCUGCCACAGAACGACAACCACAAGGAGAAGACAGAUCCACCCAUAGAGGAUACCCUUCCACCUGGAUGGGAGAAACACGAAGAUAACGACGGGCCAUAUUACUGGCACAUAAAGAGUGGCACCAUCACACGCACACCGCCAGAACCCACAGACGCCGUCACCUCAGCACCUCUGAGGGCUGAGCGACGCCACAAAGAAUCGUCUGACCAGACAAGCAGUAGCGUGGCAGGGACGGUGACCAGGAGCAACACUUCCUCUGCUUUGUCUGAGCUCUCCGACUCUCGCCCGCGCACCGCUGCCGUCGACAAUGCUUACAAGCGGGCGCAGCUACCCCGCCCGCGCGACAUAACCGAGGGGAGUGGGGGCCGCCCCAUUCGCUUCGCCGUCCGCUCGCUGGGCUGGGUGGAGAUCGCCGAGGAGGACCUGACGCCAGAGCGCUCGUCCAAGGCCGUCAACCGCUGCAUCGUCGACCUCUCCGUCGGCAGACGUGAUGUGCUCGACGUCGUCGGAUGCUGGGGAGAUGGGAAGGACCUCUUUAUGGACCUCGACGAAGGCUCGCUCAAGCUGGUAGACCCCGAGAACCUGACAGUGCUGAACACGCAGCCCAUCCACACCAUCCGCGUGUGGGGCGUGGGGCGCGACAAUGGCAGGGACUUUGCAUAUGUAGCUCGGGAUCGUGUGUCAAGGAAGCACAUGUGUCAUGUUUUCCGGUGUGACACUCCUGCCAGGACGAUUGCAAACACGCUAAGAGACAUCUGCAAGAAGAUUAUGAUUGAACGUUCACUUCAGCAGAAUAUGAACAAACCCCUUGAUACAAGUGCCAGUAGUGGAGGUGGUACUGGAAGAUUGACACGACCCACGAACUUGCCCACUGAACAUCGCCGAGUUCAUCGUCAUCCUCAAAUCAUUCCUGCUCAGUCAUUCCCCACACCAAUGGAGGAACCAAAGAAGGUCAUGCGCGUAGAGUACGUUGGCAUGCUUCAAGUUGAAAAACCCUCAGGCAUGGAAGUCAUCAACACUGCAAUUGACAGAGUAGCUGAAGAAAAUCCAAGACCUUGGAAGCAAGUAUCAGUGGCUGUUGCUCCUUCCACUGUUACUGUCACAAAUACAGAUGAUGGCAAGCAAAUAGCCGAGUGCAGAGUUCGAUACCUGUCCUUCUUGGGUAUUGGUCGUGACGUCAGGCAUUGUGCCUUCAUCAUGCACACGGCCCAGGACCAAUUUAUUGCCUAUGUGUUUUAUUGUGAGCCAUCCACUGGAGCACUCUGCAAGACCAUUGAGGCUGCAUGCAAGCUGAGAUACCAGAAGUGUUUGGAUGCCCACCCAGGCGUGAGUCGUGGCAGGGGAGCAGGAACCCCCCGCAGCAUCUCCUCCACCCUGCGCUCCAUGUUUGGUUCCAUCACUGGACGGAAGGCUCGGUCAGCAGAGUCUUGAGAUGAGGACUCACCUCUGCAGGACUUCUGGGCCCAGCCUGCAGAGCGUGAGGUCAUCCCGCACCGCCACCUGACCAGCCCUGGUGGAGGCUCCACUUCCCCGACUGUGUCAGGGUGUCCCUUUUCCUCACGACAGGUGCAGGCAUUGGUCUCUCCCACGUGUGAAUCUCCCCACUCCUUUUCCACUCUCCAUCGCUCUCCAACCACUCAAGCCCUCAUGAAGGUUCCUCCCACACCAGCCACGCCCAUGUCCCCCAUGGAUGCCCUCCGUCGCCUCCAACUCCCUCCAGAUCUCUCUCCUCAGGAAGAGGAUUUAGAGGGUGGAGUUGACCUGGAGGAGGGAGUAGGGGAUGAGGAAGAUGAUGGCGUAGAGGAACUAGGAAGUACCUAAACUGAUCAAUGAAAUAUGCAGUUUUCUGCUUCAGAAGUGAAGUGCCAUUCAGCCAACAUGGUUAACUGCUACAGUCCUAAUAGUUUAAAAACAAACAGCUGUACUGAUAUGCUUGAUGAGUUGGUAUCAGAAGCAGCAGCAUGAAUUCAUUUCAAUAAAUCAUUUACAAAGUAAAAUGAUCUAGAGAGCAACCUAAAUCAUAUAUCCUAAUAUGCCCUCCAUACAGCCAUGCACAAUAUGGCAUCUUUUAUUUUUUGACUUCAGUAGAAAUGGUAGACUCCUUUAAGCUGAUAAUUGCAUCAUAUUUCCUGACUUCCUAAGUUCCUCUCUAGUCACCCGCCACUUUCCUACAGAUUGACAUAUAAUUUUGUCACAAGUGAUAUAUUGUAGACAAGAAUGGAAAGCUCUAUCAUAGACAUAGAAAAUGGAGAUGGUUUGGAUUUUACUAUAAGGGGAUUCCUAUUAAUCCAAGUAAUGUGGGCGUGUGGCUUGGUGUUUGGAUCUGGUUUGGUGUACGCACGUUCAGCAGGGCCCAGAUUGGCUGGUUGUGUGUAGACUACCUUGCAUCACAAAUCUUCUGCACGUACUCAGUAUGGUUGAGUUUAUAAACGUAAGAAUAUCUUAAGAACUCAUUCUGGCCACUCUUUAGCAAGCUCUAAGUGGGCAUAACACGAGGAAUUCUUGGAAUUCUUACUUUAUGAAGACAGCCUCCGCUUCUCGGUACUCCCGUGGAAGAGAUCAUCAGCAGGGGAUCAAGUUGUGCCUCUGCUUGCGUAGAAAUUUUGCUAACCACUAACACAUUGAUGUACAUUUGUGAAUGUUUUAUGUGGCCUAGUGCAACUGUAUCUCUUUCUCUGCUUUAUCAAUUAUUGUCACAGGAACAUGCUAUUUGUUGGAUGUUGACUGAUCUGUGUUUGGCAAAUGUUGCUGAGCUUAAUUAUUUUUACCUUUUUACAGUGAUUGAUUAUAGUGGUUAUAUAUAUAUAUAUUAGAUGACUCAACAGAAGUUCAUGAAUAUUCUGUAAUAUGGUGAAAAGAGUUAUGCUUAGAACCUAAACUAAUCCAACACUGUCAAGUUAAGAUCACAGUAUAGCAAUCAGAACAACUAGCUAAGUAUGUUUUGUGAAACAUAACUUUAACCUCACUGUCAGCUGUGUUGUAUAUAUAAGCAUACACACACACAUAUAUAUGUGUAUAUGUAUAUGUAUAUAUAUAAUGUAUGUAUGUAUGCAUGUAUGUAUGUAUGUAUAUAUGUACAGACACACUUUCUUUUCUUUUCUUUUAAUUUAUCUUGUGUGUGACAAGAUUCUUGGUCAUUCAAUCUCUCAGCUUUGUUCAAAACAAUUACUGUACCUCUUCAGCUGAACUCAUAUAGGCUACUUCUACUCUUGUUGACUGUGAGUGAAUGUUUUCUUGUUACCGCAUAUAGCCAAGUAACUAGUCGUUAACAUAAUGUACUUAUGAGUGCUUGACUGGAGAAACUUUACAUACUUAGGGAUAUAAAUCAGUGAGCACAAGGAGCUUAGUCAGCUUGCAAGAUCUCCAGGUCUGCAUGGAUAUAAAAGGGCAGCCAUAAGUAACUGUAGGUCAGAUUAGACACCAUUGAUUGGGAAUAGUAUUAUUCCCACUCUUUUUUCUUUUGCUUGUAGCUCCCAUCUGUAGCAUAUAAUACCAUAUUUCCUUGUGCCCAUUGUGAAUAACACAUACAUAAAGCCUUAGGUGUAAAAUAGAACCUAUGUAUUUGUAGUGUUCACUUUGGUCAGUCACCUGAGCCUCCUAAACUGACCCACAGAGGGCACAUAUUCCACCAAAGUCAGUUGAUCAUUGUUAUUUUUAUUUUAUUUAUAUAUUUUUCAUAGGAAGCAUCUCAUCAGAUCGUGAAAGCUACUUGAAUUUCUGCCAUCUUUCUUUUCUUAGUAUUUUUUAUUUAAAUAAUAUAAAUAACUAAUAUAUAUAUAUAUAGUAUGACAAUUUGCAAUGCUAGAAUUUUAAGGCAUGAAAACAUGGUGUGUUGAGAUAGCUUCUUGACAAUUUAAUGUGAAAAAACUUAGGUUGGGUCACUGUAGGAGAAGUCCACACAGCACAGUAACAUACAUGUAGCCACAUCAGCAACUAUGGAUCUUAACAAAUAUGCCAGUAACUAUUUAUAGUUAAGUAAAGAAUGUCUCUUUUAAUUUAGUACUACUGUGUACUUACUUCUUUAAUAAUUAGAUUGUUUUGAAUUAGCAUCACAUUGUUUGUGGCAUUUGUGUAAAUUGUGAAAUAACCAUUCAUUUUUAUUUCUUAUUUCCUUACAUUUUGCAAAAUUAUUACCAGUAUGUCAUGGAGAACUGUAUGUAGGAAUUCCAGGAUGUUGAAUACGAGAUAAAUAUUUACGGCAUGUUUCAAGUUCUGAAUGUAGUGUAGAUCAAAUCCAUGAAUGUAAAAUGCAUUCCAAGGACAAAGUUCCGGAGAAAGAAUAGAACUUUCCUUAUUGAGACCUAUCGUUGCUGGUUAUGUUACGAUCAUUGCCAUAGUUACCAGCAUGUGGUAAAUUACCCAUGAUUUGUGUAAAAGUUUAUGAUUGCUGGUGUAUACUGGAACAGUUGAAACUUGUCAGAAAAAAAUCUGAAUUUUGCAGAACCAGUUAGUGCUUUUUUAUUUUAACUGACAGAACUGUAUAAAGUAAGGUUAAAUAUACAGGUAUACUGGUAGAUUUUAUGAUUUUAUCUCUUGAAAAGGUAGAAUGGUUCUUGCAUUGGUUUAGAUAAUGCCAUACAUACAUUCCAUUGAGGUAGUAUAUUGAUUUGAGGGAGGAAUAUUGUUAAAGCCAAGGCCAUUUGUAGUGGCCAUUCUAGAUUGAAUAACAGUAGAUUGUAAGGCUCAUAAUUGUUUAUUAAUGUUCAUGUCCAGUCAUUGUGAGAGACCAAGGAACUGUCAUUCCCAGUUUCAUGGUAUACCUUAAGUAAUUAAGAUGACUGAAGCAACCAUUUGCAUUAUUUCUGAAAUUUUUUAGUUCAAAUGCCUCUUGAGAUGUAAUACUUUAUGGGUGAAUUUUUGUGUAUUUUUGUAUUUCAGUUACACAUGUAUGUACAACUCCUCUGGCAAGUCAUGUAUUUAAGUGCCUGUCUAUUUGCAUUGCAGGCGCUUACACAAACUUUAUCAAUGUUGAUACCCAGGUGUGAGCAAAAUACAUUAUUACAUAGAAUAAA